AUGCUGGCAUGGGUACGUCUGAAUCAACAGAUGUUCCCCAUGGAUCAGGAGGUCCUGUCCUUCCUCCAAAUGAACAUGAAGGAUGUGGCAGGAGCCUGGGCUCAUCCCCACCUCAAUCAACUUGGGUCCCACAGGGCCCUGAUUCAAACAGUUGACAAUUUCAGGACGGAGUUUCUGGCUGCAUUUGGUAACCCAGAUGCCACACAAGCUGCCAAGCGGCAAAUCACCCACCUUGCUCAGACAGGCACCUGUGCUGAGUACAUCACAAAAUUCAGGACCAUUGCCAUGGACCUGGAUUGGAACAACACUGCCCUCUGUGGGCAAUUUGCACAUGGCCUCCACUGGGAGGUCAGCUGCCUCAUUGCCACUUGUGAGCAGCGCCCUACCACCCUCCUCAAGCUGCAGAAUGCAGCUCUGGUCAUCAACAACGCCCUCCAAGAGGAGCGUGCCAGCCACCUGCCAAAGGGUAAUAAGUCUGGCCCUCCCAACACUACCCCCAACAGGGGGGCAAGUACCAGCCAACAGGCCACCAGACCAGGGUGCAUAUCCAGCAAUCCCAACUUUGUCUCCAAGGAGGAGCAAAACUGCCGCAGGGCUGAAGGCCUCUGCAUCAAAUGCAGAAAGGCAGGCCACAAAUUUGCGGAAUGGUGCACUGGCUGGAAAGCCACGCCUUAG